AUGAAUCUGGUUUGGUUGAUGCUUUAUUUUUUUAGAAGUUUGCUUCGUUCUCUAUUGUGUCUAUCUGCCACGAGGCUUGAUCUUCUGUACGUAACAAGUGUGUUGUCAAGGUUUAUGCAUUCACCAACUGAAAUUCAUCUCAAAGCAGCACAAAGAAUUUUGAGGUACAUUCAGAGCACCAUUGAUUACGGUUUGUUCUCUAAAAGAACUGCAUUUAUGAAAUUGUUGGGGUUCACUGAUAGUGACUGGGCUGGGUCACAAGAUGACACAAAAAGAACUUUCGGAUAUUGUUUCACUCUAGGAUCAGGUGUCAUUUGUUGGUGCACAAAGAAGCAGGGGCCUGUGGCUCAAUCAAUUGCUGAAGCAGAAUACGUUGCUGCCUCAGGUGCUGUUAAUCAAGCUUUAAGGUUGAGAAAAAUUUUGAUCGACUUGGCGUUUCAGCCAAGUAAAGCAACAUAA